UUGAGCUAGGUCAGGAAAAGAGGUGCAGUAUUUGCGGCGUGGAGUAAUUGAUAUCCAGGCAGGCUUUGUUCCAUCAAAACUGCCAACCUACCGAUGUCGUGGGUGAUAACUCAGCUCUAAAGCCACGUCACUUACAAACUUGGCCAGGGCCGAACUGAACACCAGUCACUCGGCGACCGACAUGGCCUUCAAUUACGACCAUGGCGAUAUCACCAUCCACGUCAAAAACGAACAAUCCACUGGACGCCAUGCUCUUUCUGUCUCUUCGGACGCAAUGCGACGGGCGUCCAAGGUGUGGGCAACCUUGCUGUCAGGCCCAUUUGCAGAAGGGCGAGGAGAGACAGCUACACUGGAUUACACGGAGGAUGCCACUCAGGCGGUGUUGAUCGUCAUGGACAUCAUUCACCUGCGCUUCGACCGCGUCCCUGCGAUUCUGAGCCUGAGAGGACUGAGAGACCUCGCCGUGUUCACAGACAAGUUCGAUAUCACGCAUAUCGUCGUGCCAUGGCUGACGGGUUGGUUGAGCUGGCACAGCAUGAAGGUCAAUGAAAAGGGAAGCGAAGUCGAUUGGUUGUGGAUUGCCUGGGAAUACGGUCUGCUUAGUGUUUUCAACCACGUUGGAAAGAACCUUGCAUUCGGUAGCUCUCACGUGGCGCAAAGUCAGGCUUGGGGCGUGUUCGAACGCGAUGGCAUGACCGACGCAGCCAUGCUUCCGCCAGGCACGGAAGACAGCAUCCUCCAAGCUAGGAAGGACAUGACCAACACCUUGCUCACGCUCGUGUACGAUUAUCUUGACGCACUACUGGCUAGCCCGGAUCGUCCGCAAGCCAUGGCCGGCCCAUUCGGCGAUAGGUCAAAGUGCAGAAACUCGAGAUGUGACUGCAUUCGUCUGCAACUUGGGUCGCUGAUUCUCGCCCUGAAAUCGAUUGGCCUAUAUCCGAGAAAGACGGCUGACGAAGUCGACAUGCUUCCAAGCCAGCUGCGAGACGAACUUCUGAAGAUUAGGCUUUCAGAUUGUCUGAAUAACGAGUUGGGCAGAGUUAACAACGAUAGAUUCAGCAGUGUUUGGCGGAAGACUUGCGGAGACUUUGACGGCGUUCAGCAGGUGAUUGGAAAGUCAAUAUCCGAGACUGCGUCUUUUGCCACGAAAGAGGUACUGAAGCAUGUGGAAAGACAGAAUAUCAAGGCCAAGUUGGCCGCUGGCCUUGUUCCUGGAGUGGCUGGGAAUAUGAUACUUUCGUUGAGAACUGUGUUACACAAGCUAGGUUAAGAUGGAUUCGGUCGUACGUCGGGAGCCGCAAACUCAAACUCUUCAUCUGCACUGUAAGGAGACGACUGUUGCCGCAAUGAACCAAUGUCGAAACAGCAGAAUACAGCCUUUCGUGCCAUCCCACAGAUCACCCUCCUAAGUGUUUACUCCAAG